UACACGAGAUUCACGUAAGGGCGGAAGGCUUUAGAAGAAAUUCCUUAAGCUACGCAACUGCAGAGAGAGAGAGAGAGAGAGAGAGAUGGAGAGAGAAGGGAUAGAACACAGGAUGGUGGAGGUGAACGGAAUAAAGAUGCAUUUGGCGGAGAAGGGAGAAGGGCCGGUAGUGCUCUUCCUCCACGGAUUCCCAGAGCUCUGGUAUUCGUGGCGCCACCAGAUACUAUCCCUCGCCGCCCGCGGCUACCGCGCUGUCGCCCCCGACCUCCGCGGCUAUGGAGACACCGAAGCACCGACCGACGUUUCCGCCUAUUCAAUCUUCCACCUCGUUGGUGACCUCGUCGCCCUCAUCGACUCUCUCGGCCAAGAGCAGGUAUUCGUGGUCGGUCAUGACUGGGGUGCGAUUGUAGCUUGGAAUCUAUGCGUUUUCAGGCCCGAUAAGGUUAAAGCGCUAGUGAACUUGAGCGUACCAUUCCUCCCUAGGAAGCAGGGUCUGUGGCGAACCGACACCUUGAGGAAGAUCUACGGCUUCGAUUUCUACGUUUCCAGAUUCCAGCUUCUUCUUCAUAAUCGCACCUUAUACAUAACUGCAUAUCAGGAACCUGGAGAAGUUGAAGCUCAGUUUGCACAAGUUGAUACAGAAUUCCUUAUGAAGAGGUUCCUGACAUCUCGAAAUCCAGGGCCUCUUAUCAUACCAAAGGGGAAGGAAUUUGAACGAAGAGCCAACAAAGACAUUACCUUACCUUCCUGGCUUUCUGAAGACGAUAUCAACUACUUUGCAAGCAAAUUUAUCAAGACAGGCUUUGCAGGUGGACUCAACUACUACAGAAACAUGGACAAGAACUGGGAACUCAGUGCACCCUGGGAUGAUAUUCAAAUUAAAGUACCCACGAAGUUCAUUGUAGGAGAUCAAGAUCUGGCCUACCAUUUUGUUGGCGUGAAGGAUUACAUUCACAAAGGUGGCUUCAGAAGAGAUGUUCCUUUCCUUCAAGAUGUUAUUGUGAUGGAAGGAGUUGCCCACUUCAUAAAUCAGGAAAGGCCUGAAGAGAUCUCGAACUACAUAUACGAAUUCAUCCAGAAAUUUUAAUUGAUCCUUCAGCUCACUGUUUGCUGAUCAACUUUUUCAGUUCUGAGUAAAGUAACAAACUAUUACAGUAAUUAAUCGGAUAAGAACUUAGUGCAUGGCUAGUAGCAGCAUUGUGAUGUCAAUAAGAAGUUCCUGUUGGGCUUUGUGAAUUCUAUCAGGAAGCUAGCUUGGUAUCUUAUAGUUGAAGGACUAUUUGAUAAUCUCUGUUUCUUUUACUCUCUUAUUUUCAGUGCAAUGUUACGGACACUUGAAAGGACCUUUUGAUAAUCA